AACCAUUAAUUACCAGUGGGUGGAUGCAGUAAUGAGAAAGAGUCCACACCGUGCCUCUCCCUGGCGGGCUUUAUACGCUUUCCGUCAGAUUAUUACAUGUUGUCGUUUUUAUACGUGGCAGUCUGAUGUUCCUUUACCUGGUUGUUGACAUUAAAGACUCGUGUCUUAUGCAGAUAAAAAUAGAUUUAAACCUAAAUUUCUUUCGAAAAUGCUCUGUUCCGGUCAGUGACGUCACUAUAUGUACAUACCGGAUAAACUACUUUAUUUAUCUAGAACACCGCGUUGUGGAUUGUGAACAGAAUCCAUUUGGUGGUACAGUACAUUGUUUUGUUAUGCAAUGUGAACAGCUUAAAGUUCUGUGCAGCAAUAUUUUCUCAAACUUAACGGGGAUCACAAUUUGGAUGUUGGUAACGCUUGCACGGGAAUGUUAACCGCAUUUCCGUCAACAGUUCAAAUGUGUCGUCUGUGAUUGUCGUCUGUGAUAGUCGUCUGAUGACAGUGCAUGAUUGUUAAAGUGAUCAGCACCCUCAGUUGUCGAUUUCGUCAGCAAGUAAAGCCAUGAACCCAAAUAAAGGGUUUGAUCCUUAUCAAGUCUUUGAGGUGGAGCACAGAUCAUGCCAGAUAUUGAAUGUGAAGGUCGUCUGUGGCAGAAAUAUCACAAAGGGAUGGAUGGAUUACGUGGACACACCGGAUCCUUACCUAAUGCUGCGGAUCAAAACGGCCCCAGAAGGUCGCCGCCGGACGACAACCAAGGACAACGAGGUCAACCCAGUGUGGAAUGAGGAAUUCACCUUUCUGUUGGACGACAAGGUCGAAAAUAAAUUACACAUGAUCUUGAUGGAGGCCAAUUAUGGGUCCUUAGACCAGACUAUUGGAGAAGCAUGGUUUCCUUUGGAUUCGCUGCCGACGAAUCAAGUCACAACAAAGUCUUUUUUCUUCAAUGGGAAAUCGGAAGUGGAACUUGAAUUUCGGAUUCAUGAAGAUGAACACCCAACUCUUCGGUACAGUUUGUGUCUUUGUAACGAAGAAAAAGAAUUCAUAGAAAAAAGGAGAGCUGUGGUAAUGCAGAAAAUGGUGGACUUACUUGGAGAAGAACGCGGUCCUCAGGCAUUGGAUGAAGUUCCUACAGUGGCAGUCAUUGGGUCUGGCGGAGGAUUCCGCGCCAUGGUGGCGUAUAGCGGGGUUUUCAACGCCUUAAAAAAGUCCGGGAUCCUCGAUUGUGCUGCGUAUGUCGGGGGACUGUCGGGCUCGUCAUGGUAUGUGUCAACAUUGUAUUCCCACAAAGACUGGCCAGAGAUGCGACCAGAAGACAUGCAGGAAGAGCUAAUGAAUAACAUUGAUUCCAGUCUGAUUUGGCUAUUAUCACCACAGAGUGUAUACCGUUACAUAGAUCGCAUUUUGGAAAAGCGCAGAAAUGGGCAGCCCGUUAGUUUUACAGAUAUCUUUGGACAUCUCGUGGGGGAAACACUUCUUAAAGACAGGCUUACAACAAAGCUUUCGUAUAUGAGGGAGAAAGUCAAAGAUGGAAAAGUUCCGCUUCCGUUAAUGACGUGUGUAAAUGUGAAGGCGGAUCGCUCUGCAAGAAGUUUUCAGGAAUGGGUUGAAUUUUCUCCAUAUGAAAUUGGAAUGCCAAAAUACGGAGCCUAUAUGAAAUCAGAUCUUUUUGGAAGCAAGUUUUUUAUGGGAAAACUGGUUAAAUCCUAUGGAGAACCACCUCUCCACUUCUUACAAGGAAUAUGGGGAAGUGCUUUCUGUAUAUUGUUCAAGAGGUUAAUGGAUGAUAACAGGAAUAAAGACCCUGUGGAAAUGAUUCGCCAAGAGAUGGUGAAAACACUGGAACAAAGUCAUAACGAAGAGUCUAGUGACAGCAGUGAAGACGACGAUGACGAUGAAGAUGAGGAACCAGAAAAGAAUGAUACAGAAAAUCCAGGCAGCAAGAAUGUCUUUUCUUACCCACCGACGGCUCCUAAAGACAUGUCCAACGGCCAUUCCCGCCAAAGAAAUGCCCCUAACAGAAGAACCAAGCAGAAAGGAUACUGGCAAAACUUUUUGUCAGGUCUCUUAGAAAAUAAGCGAUUCGAGCUCCUGAAUUCUCGUGCUGGCAGAGCGGGUGUAGUGCAUAAUUUCAUGAGAGGUCUGUCUCUGCAGGAAAUGUAUCCUCUGUCCCCCUUUUCCCCGAAUGAAUCCGGAAACAGAGUUAGUGAUGAUUUUGAUGGCCUUUUGGAGAUGCAUCCUACCAAUGUGAAACGGUUAUAUAUGGUGGAUGCAGGUUUAACCUUCAAUUCACCGUAUCCCCUGAUAAUGCGGCCACAGAGAGCUGUGGAUAUCAUCUUGUCUUUUGACUUCAGUGCUAGACCAAGUGACACAACUCCUCCAUUCAAGGAACUGAAGCUGGCGGAAAAAUGGGCAAACAUGAACAAGCUGCCGUUUCCUCCGAUAGAUAUUACAGUCUUUGACCGUGAAGGAAUGAAAGAAAUGUAUAUAUUCAAGCACCCUACGGACCCAUAUUGUCCUAUUGUUCUGCAUUUUUGCCUUGUGAACAUUGAAUUUCGGAGGUACAAAGCUCCAGGAGUUGAAAGGGAGUCUGACGAGGAAAUAAAAUUUGCUUCUUUUGAUAUAUUCGAUGACAAAGAAUCACCAUAUUCAACAUUUAAUUUCAAAUAUCCACAUGAAGCUUUUAAACGUCUUUCAAAACUCACAGAAUUCAACACGCUGCUUCAUACGGAGGAUAUAAAAAAUGUGUUUGCUGAGGUUAUUCAAAAUAAACGCGAAAAUGGUCCUAAAAUUCCUAUAUCAGUUAACGAAAUCAAAAAUUUAUCGCGAAUAAGCAAAAAGAAUCGACAGAGAUUGAGUACGUAUGUUAGCAGAAUUCAGGAAGGAAGCAUACGUCGGAAAAGCGGCAGUGACGUACAGCAGUCGACUAGAGUUCAUAACGUAUUGUCAAAAGCCGACAGCGAUGCAGACGUCAAAAAGAAGAAACGUGCAAAUGUGACUUUCAAAGGAAGUAGGAGACCAUACCGCACCAGCGCUACGCCAGAUCCUACCUUAACGUCGCCACGCGAGGAUGAAGAGUGGGAUGAAAUCGACGCGGGUCACGUGCGAUCGCGUACGACAAAAGGCCGCGUAUUUGCACAACCAGAAAACUUUGUAACCGCAAUAGAAGGUUCACCAGCUGAUGAUUGGACAGACCCUGUAUGUCAUUCUGACGAGGAGGAGGAAUUUUAUGUGUGUCAAUCGGACAAUGAAGACGAUCAUUCAUAGCACUUACAGAUGGACAGUGUAUGAGUUUCAAACGCGGUCGGAAUAUUCCGUAUUCGUAUAAAAUUACGUCCUUGAAUUGUACAUAAAGACAUAAUUAUGUUUUUGUUGUCGAAUUUAUAUAUGUUUGAACAAACAGAUUGCAGAUUGAACAUUCACAGUGUAAAAUCAACCGAAACGCCAUAGUCUAGUAUCACAUAGCGAUCAGUUAGGAAUGUUUCUAGUUUUACGAUAUCUUUUAGUAAGUUUAUUUUGGCGAAGUAAUAAACAAUUACCAAUAUUUCAACCUCAGAUGAUUACAAUCUAACCUCAACAUGAAAUUUAUGUACAACCAAGCCUUCCUAAGUUCAAAAUGAAAAUCCGGACUUCGUCGAUGUAAUCCAACUGGGCAUUAUAUGUUUGUAGUUCGUGCAGAAAUAAACUGUACAUGUGUUAUAUUUUGUCCAGUUUGGACAUAAAGGAAGCUCAAUGACGAAUAAAUUCAUGUGCAAAUCUAUUGUCAGAAUGACGGUGCCAGGAUCAAAUCUAUAAAUAACCAUAACCUUUUAGUGAAAUUUUGCAAGAAGUUGUGUACGGCUGGUUAUUUUAUUAUUCUUUUUUUUUUUUUUUUUUUUUGCAUAGCUAUGGAAACAUGACACAAGUAGUUGUUUUUUCAUGUGUGAGGUCAGUAUAAAUUGUAUAAUUCAUCACAACGUGACUUAAAUUUGACAGUUUAUUCAAGUGCUUAAGUGGGAUUUUGUGAGGGUUUUCUUAUAUCAAUUUUAGUGGUAUAUUUAUCAUCUAACCACAUUUAAAAAUCAGAACAUUUUUUAAAAAUUGAUGGUUAUUUGAAUGCGAAUUUCACAUGCAAAAUGUGAAAGUAUACAUGUUCUACAUUAAAGUAAUUUAACCCAUUUGGAGUAUGCUUACAUGUUGAGAAUUGUUCAGUAAUCGAAGUUUUAAUGUUUACACUUUAGGUUAUAGAGUAGAAGUUGAUGUCAAAAAAUAAAAUAUUGUAAUAUUUUGGGUUGAAAAGUUUUAAUUCAUUUCAUUUAAGCAUAUUUUCAAGUCUUUGAAUAAUUUGUGUUGAUGAAAUGGCAAUUUAAUAUAUUUCUUACUUAGACAUAUGAUUUUGAUCUAGACGUAUAUUUUGGUUGUCAGUAUUAUUGAAAAAUAAAACCCACUCUUCAAAGACC